GCACCUCAUGACAAUUUCUCUCGUCAUCCCUCACAAACAAACCAUUAAUCAUUUUUAGGAAGCUACAGAGUACAUAAGAAAUGUUUUUCCGGCUGCAGUUCCAGCGAUCCGCCGCUGACGUGGCAAACGGCGCCAUGAGCAACGGCCACAAACAGCUCCAGCGGCCGUCAACGCGAGUGUGCCUGACGCGCGGUAUGCAGGUCCCCGAGCACGUGGCGCUCAGGCACACGCGUGCGUUGGGCCCGUGGCAGUGCUGCUCCGUGGUGACCCGUCAUAUCCACGCGCUGCCGUCCACCGUGUGGGCCAUUCUCCGCCGGUUCGACAGCCCUCAGUCGUACAAGCACUUCGUACGGAGCUGUCACGUGGUGCAAGGCGACGGUGUCCACGUGGGGUCCAUGCGAGAGGUCCGUGUGGUGUCGGGCCUUCCGGCAGAGUUCAGCGUCGAGAGGCUUGAGAUCCUGGACGAGGAGCUCCACGUCAUCAGCUUCAGCGUGGUCGGUGGGGACCACAGGCUCAAGAACUACAGAUCGGUGACGACGGUGCACGAGUCGCCGGACGGGAGGGGGACACGUGUCGUGGAGUCAUACGUCGUCGACGUGCCCACCGGUAACACUAAGGAAGAGACAUGCAGCUUCAUUGACACCAUUGUACGGUGCAACUUGCAGUCGCUGGCUCAACUCGCCGAGAACUCGCCCAAGACUCAGCAAAAAAUCUCCUAAUUAUUUUUUUUCUUUCUGUGUUUUUUUUUUUGCUCAAUAAUUACAAAUUUGUGGGUUUGUUCGUUUUUCGAGGUUAGGGCUUUGGGGAAAUGUAAAGAUAUCGGACCUCUUUUGUAAUUGUACGUAUAGUUCUUGAACUUUAUAACAAA